AGCUGGGGGUUUUUAUCCUGGAGAAAAGGAGGCUCAGGGGAGACCUUGUCACUCUCUACAGCUCCCUGGAAGGAAGCUGGAGCCAGGUGGGGGUGGUCUCUUCUCCCAGGUAACAAGGGACAGGAUGAGAGGAAAUGGCCUCAAGUUGCACCAGGGGAGAUUUAGAUUGGAUAUUAGCAAACAGUUUUUCACAGGAAGGGUGGUCAGGCACUGGCAGAGGCUGUCCAGUGAAGUCACCAUCCCUGGAGGCAUUUAAAAGACAUGUAGAUGUGGUACUUAGGGAAGUGGUUUAGUGGUUAACUUGGCAUAAUGGUUCUUUCCAACAUAAAUGAUUCUGUGACUAUAUAAGGGGACAUCCCGUGGUGUUGAAAAUUAAUUAGCAGGUUAACAGUCCACAGCUUGGUUGUUUAAAAAUGAAGAGUUAUUGCUGUACAUAUGUUGGGCAGAAACAGUGUCCACCAACAGUGCAGCAAACAGUUCUCAAUCACAGUCCUGGCAGAGGACGGGUCUGACAACUGUUUUCCAUCACCUUUAUUACUAUGGGCAUUUAGGUAGCUAACAGAGGGUGACAGUCUGAAAUGCAAGGGUUAAGAGGAAAAAUGUGAAAUAGUUUAACCUUACUAAAAGCCAAAUAAAUUAGUACUGAACUUUAUCUUAGCCAGAACCCUACAGGACAUCACUCUCUCUCUCCGGCUGAAUUUUCUUAGGCGAUCAAACAUUCUUCUCCUUGCUCUAAACCCCUUGCUGCCAAUUUAAAAUAGUACAACACUGAGAUUUCUCACCCUUCAAGAAAACACUUUGAUUUGUUGAAGGAAGUUAGGAACAGUUAAGGAGAUAGGAAAGAAAGUAAUAUACCUUUCUCUGUGCUGACAUCUGCAACUGGGGGAUGUGUUGAAAAGUAAAUAUAAUCGGCUUUGAGCAAUGCUCUCCCAUUCCCUUUCAUUCUGGUUCAGUGCUCUGGUUCCCAAUGAACUAGACUUAGUGUUGGGAAGUGAGGUGCAGAAAGGCUGUAGGACCUCAGUGAGGAAGUGGGUGUCAUCUCCCCAUGCUGGGACUGUGGGGUUAAUGUUGUUGUGUGUUUCUAAAUUUUUCAAGAGCGCACCGAGGUUAGAAGCAGCAGGAUCGCUGUCUGUCUGUCUGUCCAGUGCCAGGGAAGCCAGCCCCUCUCUCACCUUGUAGCCAAGGAACUGCAGCUGCUGCCAGCAGCCACAGCACUUCUUACCAGCUUCAGGUAUCAGAAGUACUGCUCACCUUCCAAGAGAUUCCCAGGAUGUAAGAAAUUAAGUGCUGUGAGGGUCAUGCGGCUGACAGGUCUACGGUGGAGCUGAUGGUCACAGCCAGGGCAGAAUUUCUUUAAACAAAACAGAGUCAAAUAAUCAGGGAAGUUCAGGGCUGUUUGCAGGCUCUGCCAAGCUGAUUGCUCCCCCUGUCAAAAGAAGCCACCACCUGGGACAGCAGCACACUGCCAGCAGCUGCCAUGGCCAGCAAGAGAAAGUCCACAACUCCCUGUAUGGUGCGAACUUCUGAAGUCGUGGAGCAGGAGGGUGCCGAGGGCGUAGAGACUCCUAAAGACAAGGGCACUGGUGCAUCACAGCAGGACUCAAAAAAACACUGGCCUUCAGAAAACUUGGUCAAAGACUGCGAAGUGGUCGAGGCGAAGCCCCCAGCUGAAAAUCAGUCUAAGAAACCCCAGGGUGGUUAUGAGUGUAAGUACUGCCCUUACUCAACACAGAACUUAAAUGAAUUUACAGAGCAUGUUGACACUCAGCAUCCAAAUGUCAUUCUCAACCCCCUGUAUGUCUGUGCUGAAUGCAACUUCACAACCAAAAAAUAUGACUCGUUAUCUGACCACAACACAAAAUACCACCCGGGAGAGACUAACUUUAAACUGAAAUUAAUUAAACGCAAUAAUCAGACUGUUUUAGAGCAGUCUAUUGAGACCACCACUAACGAUGUCACUGUCACAAGCAGUGGGCUAGAAAAUGCAGAGUGUGACGAUUCACUUAAUGGGGGAAUCAGUGCAAAUAAAGUGCCAGUGAUGAAACUGGGAAAGCCUAAAGGGGAAACCAAGAAGGGAUCUAAAAAGCCAGAAGAGGGAGUUACGGAAAACCACGUGGAUGGGGCUCUCCCCCGCAUCAUUACUGAAGCCACUGAAGCUAUUGCCUGUAUAAAUGGAGACCUUCUCCAUGAUGUGCUGGCCCACGUUAUGCCCUCUGUACAGCUGCCACCAAAUAUCAAUCUUGUCCCCAAGGUCCCAGUCCCACUGAACAGUACCAAAUACAACUCUGCCCUGGACACUAACGCGACCAUGAUCAACUCCUUUAAUAAGUUUCCUUACCCAACACAAGCAGAGUUGUCAUGGUUGACAGCAGCAUCAAAACAUCCAGAAGAACAAAUCCGAAUCUGGUUUGCUACGCAGCGUUUGAAGCACGGUAUAAGUUGGUCUCCCGAAGAAGUGGAGGAAGCGAGGAAGAAGAUGUUCAAUGGUACUAUCCAGGCAGUUCCCCAGACCAUCACCGUCCUGCCAGCGCCUUUGGCAACUGCCAAAAUGCCACAGCCCAUCAUCCAGACAGCUCUACCUUGUCAGAUACUGGGCCAGACUGGCCUGGUUCUGACUCCUGUGUCAAAUGGUUCAACUGUUUCCUGUUCGCCAAUUACACUGGCUGUUGCCCCAAACCAGGGGCAGAAGAGGACAAUACAGACCUCGUCAAGUGCCCCGGAGGCCAAGCGUCCACAUGUGGUCCAGGUGCCUGAGAUUCCUGCCAAGCUGACCGCUGUUCCCGCGACACCGGCCAGCGAGCGGAAGAAGACCAAGGAGCAGAUAGCAGAGCUGAAGGCCAGUUUCAUGGCAAGCCAGUUUCCUGAUGAUGCAGAAGUCUACCGGCUUAUAGAGGCAACAGGUCUUUCCAGGAGUGAGAUCAAAAAGUGGUUCAGUGACCACAGGUACAGAAGUCAGAGGGGCAUUGUGCAAAUUCCUGGUGAUGCUCUAGGGAAAGAUCAAAUAGCACCUUCAGCUGGUCGACAUGGCCGCUCAUUUCACCCAUACACAGAUUUUGCUCCCCAGAGAUUCAAAGAGAAAACUCAAGAGCAGCUUAGGGCCCUUGAGGAGAGUUUCUUAAAAUGCUCUUUUCCUACCCAGGGAGAAUUGGACAGGCUUCGAGUGGAAACAAAGCUGAGUAGGAGGGAGAUAGAUUCGUGGUUCUCUGAGCGGAGAAAGAUAAGGGACAGCAUGGAGCAAGCUGUCUUGGACUCAAUGGGAUCAUACAGAAAAAACAAGGAUCAAGGAACUCCCAAUGGUGCAAUAAGCCAGGCAGAACUUCUGAGCAGCGCUCAGCUCCCUGGUGCUUUAUCUGGGUCCUCCACCACACUGAAGAAAACACAAGAGCAAAUUCAUCUAUUGAAAAGCACAUUUGCAAGGACCCAGUGGCCAUCACCGCAGGAGUAUGACCAGUUAGCAUCUCAGACUGGGCUCUCAAGAACUGAAAUAGUUCGCUGGUUCAAGGAAAACCGCUCUUCAUUAAGAACAGGGUCACUUAAGUGGAUUGACCAGUACCAGCAGCAGUAUGCUGGUGAUGGUCAUAACAAGCAAAGCCAGAAAAAGAGCUCGAAACACACGGAGAGUCCAAAGAAUGGUAAUGAGGUGUCGCGGCAGCAUUACCAGGAGCAUAAAAAACUGAAUGAAGAGAACGGGGGGAAACCAGUGGUGAGAGCAAAAAGAGACUGUGAGCCACUGAAAGACUCUUUGUUGGGGAACCAAGCAGAGGGUGUGGACAGGCUGGAGUGCAACAGCCACGAUGGGCACGGCAGCGAGGAGAACGAGGAGCCAGCCGAGGUCAGCUGGGUGGAGGUGACGGUGGGCGAGGACGAUGCUGCCUCGGACUGUACGGACAGCUGGAGCCACACAGCCCCCGAGGCCCACACAGAGCUGCCAGACUUGGACUCUGAAAGUAUAUCUGCAGACAAUUCCCACGUAUAGACAGGGGUACUCCUCAGCUGCACUGUCCUGAUGUUGAAGGGGAAAUGCUGUCUGAAAAUAGAAGAAAACUCUAUUUUCCUGCCUGGGUGAGAGAGUGUGUUGUGACUCCAAGUCUCAGACUGCGCUUGUGGAGGCACCGUGAGAAACUCUCAUGGAGCAUCAUCAUGGAAUUGUUGAUAGUGCCAGAGUCCUACUACUGCAUUACAGAAGAGAAGAAAGAAAGAGGAAAGGGUCCUUGUACAUAGUUUUCUCUUAGUUUCUCUCCCACCUACUUUCCUGCCCAGCCUCUUCCUCUACUGGAACAGAUUUGUACAACAUAAAAAUUUUGUUAAUUUUUGUAAUAGGUGCAAGUUGUUCUUGCAUAUAAUGCAAUUGAUAAAUUUUGGGGUUGGUUGGGGGGGAGGGGAAGUGUCUUUUGUGGAGGAAGGAGAUUUUUUUUUUUUUUUUCCGAAGUGUUUUAAGAAAGAGAUGCAAUAUUUUGGAGUUGUCUUGGUGCAGAUCAACACCUGAGCCCAGAUCCCCACUCCAGUUUACAUUUCAGACCAGUUAAACAUGUUCUGGAGCAGUGGGGUUUGUUUUUUUUGUUUGUUUUUUUUUUUCUUUUUAUUUCUCUUGUUGUUUUGACUUUGUUUUGUUCUAUGGCCACCUGCUACUGAUUAAAGUAUUUAAAUCUCCGCUUUUCCAUGCUCCUACAAAGCAAGUCUUCUCCAGCUCCUGUACUUCACUUUUUACCAGCCAGCCCCAGCUGUGGGUCUCUGAAGAUUUGGCUAGAAUGCCUUUUUUGAUUAUUGGUUUGGGGGGUUUUUUUAGCACUUUUUGUUUAAACAUGCAGUACAACUCCCUGGAGGGUUGGAAUGAGGAAAUCAAGAUGCUUCAUAAUCCAAACUUAACUUGUGUUUCUUUGGCUGGUGCAGUGAUGGACACCAUAACCAGCAGUCUGCUCUCCAGCUUUAGAUGUUGUAGCGCACACAGAAGUUUCUUAUUAACCCUUGCCACUAAAUUUUUAGGUCACUCCUAGGUUUCUGAGUGCACUUUUUUUGAAAUAUUGCUAACUUGGAUUUGUGUGGGGAUGUCUGUCUGUGCACAUGUGAGGAGAGAAUGGAGGGAGAGCAGGAGCCUGGCUGCAAGAGCUGUCCAGUGCAUUCCUCUGACGAGCUGGGGUUGGAAAACUUGUCACCUUUCAGUACGCUGCACAAAUAGGAUGCUAGGGAGUUUGAAUAAAUCCAACUUUUCUAACUUGUUGCUCAUUUGUUGUAAUUCAAUAAAACAAAGGCUAAAACUUUUGGUAA